GAAGCUGAUGAGGAUGAUGACGAGGAGGAAUCAGAAAAAAAGGAUGUUAAAAAGUCUAAAGAAGCUACCAAAGUCACUGAAGCAAUGAUUGAGAACUGGAGAGCUGGACUCAGGAAAGAGCCCACGGCAAAAUUGAUUCGGGACAUCACACAAGCCUUUAAGGCUGCCGUGGCUACAACGAAGGGUGACUCUGAGGAGCUGUGUCGAUAUACUAUCUCAGACAGCGCGGUGUUCAAUUCCCUUGUCCUGUUCUGCAUAAAGGACAUGCAUGCAGCUCUGAACAAAAUGCUGAAGCUGAAAGCUCCAGAGCAAGGCCAGAAAAAAUUAAUACUUCCAUCUUCAAGUCCCAGGUGGCAGAAAAAUCAGAUUGAUAUUAAGAUGUAUGUUGCUGGUGUUGUUCAGCUCCUCUCCAGUUUAACGCAGGCCACAGUCAUAGCUGCAGUUCUCCGUCAUGCCAACCAGAUGGUGCCAUACUACCUGUGUCUGCCAAAACAGUGCAGGCACUUGCUCAAAAGUCUGAUCAAACACUGGAGCACAGGAGAGGAGACUGUGAGGGUCCUUGCCUUCCUGGCUCUCAGCAAAAUCUGCCGACACAAACAGGAAAUCUACUUAAACUCUGUUCUUAAGCAAAUGUACAUCGCUUACGUAAAGAACUGUAAGUUCACAUCUCCCAACACUCUUCCAAUGAUUAAUUUCAUGCAGCGGACUCUCGCUGAGAUGUACUCACUGGACACACAGGUGUCCUACCAGCAUGCCUUUAUUUACAUCCGUCAGCUAGCCAUCCACCUCAGGAACGCCAUAAAUUUGAAGAAGAAGGAGACAUAUCAGUCUGUGUAUAACUGGCAGUAUGUGCACUGUCUAUAUCUGUGGUGUCGGGUAUUGAGCACCAUUUACCCCAGUGAGGUUUUGGAGCCAUUGAUCUACCCAUUGUGUCAAGUCAUCAUCGGGUGCAUCAAGCUUGUGCCCAUCUCCCGCUAUUACCCUCUGCGACUGCAUUGUGUCAGAGCGAUCACCCUGCUGUCUGCCAACACCAAGACAUACGUGCCCGCCCUGCCCUUCCUGCUAGAGGAUGGUCUAGUGGAGCAGUUGUAUGACCUCAUUCUGGAGUACUUCCACACACAGGCCUGCUCCAUUGGCUUUCCUGAGCUAGCUUUGCCCACCAUCGUUCAGGUACUGUUCAUGGAGGACUUGAAUCUCCCUGAGAUCAAACGCAAGAAGGCUGAAGAGAAGAAAGCCAACAAGGAGGAGUUCAAGGGUCUUUUUGAGUCAGGUAGUGACGACGAUGAUGACGACCUGUUCAAAUCCAAAGAAGAACAGGGUGGCUCUGAUGAGGAUGAUGAAGGCCGUGAGGAUCUCUCAGACCUGAGCGAUGAAGAAGAUGUUGAUGACUCUCAGGAGGAUGAUUCAGAUGGUGACCAGAAGAAGCCCUCGUCUUCUAAAGGCAAAACACCAAAGAAGAUGUUGAGCACAGAGCUGAAGGUGGUGGCUGAGGGAGAUGAUGAUAUGGUUGAGGACCUGGAGCUCUCUGAUCAGGACUAAAGUCACAGGAGUAAAGUUACAUCAGAGGGACUUUCCUAUUUCACAUCCAAACAUGAUUUAUACUGUUAUUAAAGGAAAGCUCACCAAGAAAUUAAAUGUUUUAUGCGAACUGUUCCUUUAAGAGCCAUGUACAGCCCCUGUUGUAGUAACUACGUUUCUUUUUUUGCACCAUUCUAUUUUAUAAAGUCUGAAACAAAAAUGUAUCUUCUUAACACUUCAUAAGGUUGUCAAAUUAAAGACCUUAUUAAAAACUCUGAAAUCUGAACUUUGUUUUAAAACUAAAGGCUAUCUUUUUCACCUCAGUAUUUGGAGAUGUUGCAUUGUUGUGCCGAGGGCACUGCUUGUGUUAGAGGUGGUGAAUGGGGUAGGCCAGAGGCGGGAGGUGGAAGCACGGGGUCGGCCCUGAGCACCAGGCUGCCAAACGCUCGUAUCAUCCACUGCCAGGUGGGGAGAGAGGAAGAGAGGAAAACAGAGAGCAGCCUGUUCUCUCGCCAAAAUAUCUCUCCCCUUCAGUGCUUUCACGUCACUUUCUGAAACCGCUUGGCUUUUUCUAAAUGUUUUAAAGCAGCAUUUAAGCUGCCAGAACUCCACACGGCUCUAGUGGUGCUGUAGGAAAUUGUUUAAGAAAGACUACUCUGCUAGAAGUGUCAAAAAAUUUAAAUUGUGCUUAUUUAAAAAAAAAAAAAAAAGUUUUUGACUCGUUUCAAUUAAGUUGUUUUAUCCAGUUCACAAGUCUGAAUGAUUUGUUUAGGAAUUAAACCGAUCUCGUUCUCGAGUUCAACUGACUAAUACAGUUCACUGGAGAGGAAGGCUACUCACAAUGACUAAUUUAGGUCUGUCUCAAACCUAACAUAAGCUGUCAGAAGAAGACUUUAAAAAGGAUGCCGCAACACUAUAAAAGUUGUUCAUAUGUGUGCUAUAUUCAAAGUCCUCAUUGACUGUAAUUGUGCUGGACACUAUGUUUCAUGAAAGAAAGUCAAAGGUUUGGAACACCUCAAAGGGUCAAUAAACGGUAACCAUUUUAUUCCUUUAACUUUUUAAAAUCAUCUUCUCUUAUGCUCACAACUGCGUGUGACAGCUGUUGUUGAUGGCUGAAGCAUCUUUCCUGUUGCAUAAUGGGAGUAUGAGCACACAUAUUUUGUGUUCUGUUCUUUCCAUCACUCCCAGCUUGAGGUGCCAUUCAGAACGUCAAGCAACGUUAAAUUCAGGCCACCGUGACUGAACAGCUGGGCUGCAUUAGAGUAAAUUCAGUUUGCACUAGAGCUGCCGCAUUCAUCAUGCCUGUGUUUGUGCAAGUCUGGGUAACGGGUUUACUCGUCUAUCACUUGGAGCACAGUCACAUGCAGCACCUGGCGCUGACAGUCACGGGUGCAGUAAAAAGAUUUUUUUAAGGGGUGAAUGGCGGACGUCCCUGAGAGUCAGUUGUUCUUUGGGUUAGGCAGGGGCCACGGGCCCUGGCCUGUGACUGAACUUGACGCUCUUGACAGCUGUUGUUGACCUGAACCCUGCUCCCACCUUCCACACACUCCCUCCCCUAACCAGGGGAUUUACCAUCCACAGGGGCCGCCACUCCCUGCCCUACUGUGGAGGAGUUUGGAAAUAAACAUUACUCAGACAAAAAUAAAAAGAGGAACGUGCAUCUGCAAGUUUUCAAUAGGAUUUAUUUCACCCAGCAGAGAAUAGAAAAAUAGGAUGAAGACAAAACAUUGAUGCGAAAUCUAGAGACGAUUUUAACUGUUUACAUAUUUAAAAAGAAAAACAAUUUCAAAGAUUUGCAUAAAGAGCUUUGUGCCUUCCAUUUCCCUGCAACAAAGAGAAAAGUAUUGUUCUUUGGGAUCAAUUUUAAGGACAAUUUAAUAUUUCGUUGUUCUAACUACAGCAAACAAAUCCCUAUAAAUAUUUUUUUUUCUCUCAUUUAUAUGCUGAAGUGGUAUUUAAGAUUGGGGCUCACGAUUAUUACAACUGGAAUACACA